AUGACUAAAACGGGCGUGCGCGUAGAUCGCGCCGCCGGCGCCGCGCACGCCGUCGUGUGGCUCGAACGCGAGCCCGUCAACUCGAUGACGUUGGAAUUCUGGCGCGCGCUCGCGGACGCGCUGACAGCGCUCGAGAACGACGCUACGGUGCACGGGGUGAUUUUCGCCAGCGGGUUGCGACGGUCGGUGUUCACGGCUGGGAACGACAUCGCGGAGCUGUACGCGCCGAAGACGACGUGGAAACGAUACCGAGAAUUCUGGCUCACGCAGACGACUUUUUUGUCUAGACUGUUGAGCACUAGAUUGGCGACGGUGUGCGCGAUUCGAGGCGCGUGCCCGGCGGGAGGAUGCGUCGUGGCGCUGUGUUGCGAUUAUCGGUUGCAGACGACGAGCGGGUCGCUCGGGCUGAACGAAGUCGCGUUGGGUAUCGCGGUGCCACAGUAUUGGGCCGAGUUGUUUCUGUAUCGAUGUAUCGAUCGUGUGAAGGGAGAGAGCUUACUGCAGCGUGGGGUUUUAGUGCGACCUUUAGAGGCGCAAAGUCUUGGAUUAAUCGACGAAGUCGUCGGCGAAGGCGCGCUCAUGUCGGCGGCGGCGAGCGCCAUGGAACGCUACUUGAAGCUUCCUUCGAGCGCGCGGGCGACGACUAAGCGGACGAUUCGUUCACAUUUCAGCGCAUCGUGGGCGGCAUACGCGGAAGAGGAGGCGAAGGGAGGAUGGAAGAUGUUGAAUGAGCCGCACAUCGUCAAGGCACUCGGGGGGGUAUUGAUGAAAUUGAGCGGUGGGAAAGCAAAGCUGUAG